AUCAAACGCAUACAUAAGAUUAAGAAAAGGAAGAAAAAACAGAAAGAUGGUUCAGCAAAGGCACAACAACGUUCAUGUCUUUGUCCUGCCAUACCCAGCACAAGGCCACAUAAACCCUCUUCUCCAAUUUGCAAAGAGGUUAGCAUCAAAAGGUGUCAAGGCCACACUUGUGACCACCCAUUACACAGUUAAGUCCAUCACCGCACCAGGCAUUAACGUCGAAGCAAUCUCCGAUGGCUUCGACGAUGCGGGCUUUGCCCAGACCAACAACAACAUACAACUCUUCCUCGCUUCUUCCAAAACCAACGGUUCACGAACACUGUCUCAGCUCAUAGAAAAAUACGAACAAACUAACUACCCUGUCACUUGCAUUGUCUAUGACGCGUUUUUCCCAUGGGUUCUUGACGUGGCAAAGCAACAUGGCAUUUAUGGAGCUACUUUUUUCACAAAUUCAGCUGCAGUGUGCAGCAUAAUGUGUCGUAUACACCAUGGCCUCAUUGAGAUCCCUGUGAAAACGGAACACUUGCCCCUUGUUGUUCCUGGUCUUCCUCCAUUCAAUUCUCGAGAUCUUCCUAGCAUGGUUAGGUUCCCAGAAAGCUACCCGGCUUACAUGACCAUGAAAUUGAGCCAAUUUUCCAACUUGAACAAAGCUGAUUGGAUGUUUAUAAACACCUUUGAAGCAAUAGAAAGCGAGGUGAAGAAGGGCUUUACCGGGCUUUUUCCGGCAAAGUUCAUAGGUCCAAUGGUUCCUUCUGCUUACUUAGAUGGGAGGAUUAAAGGGGAUAAAGGGUAUGGAGCAAGUCUGUGGAAGCCGCUAAGUGAAGAGUGUAGCGAUUGGUUGGAAGCAAAGGCACCUCAAUCUGUGGUGUACAUUUCCUUUGGAAGCAUGGCAUCCUUGACUGCAGAACAAAUUGAAGAGUUGGCUUGGGGGUUGAAAGAAAGUGAGGUGAGUUUCUUGUGGGUUCUAAGAGAAUGUGAGCAAAGUAAAUUGCCUUGUGGGUAUAGAGACUUGGUACAAGAUAAGGGUCUAAUUGUGACGUGGUGUAACCAACUAGAAUUGUUGGCUCACGAAGCCAUUGGUUGCUUUGUGACACAUUGUGGUUGGAAUUCGACCCUUGAAAGCCUUAGCCUUGGUGUUCCUGUGGUGUGUUUGCCACAAUGGACUGACCAAUUACCUGAUGCCAAGUUUUUGGAGGAAGUUUGGGAGGUGGGUGUGAGGCCGAAGGAGGAUGAUAAAGGAGUUGUGAGGAAGCAGGAGUUUGUCAAGGGUUUGAAGGAUGUGAUGGAGGGUGAAAGAAGCCAUCAGAUUAGAAGGAAUGCCACUAAAUGGAAGAAGUUGGCUAGGGAGGCAGUUGACGAAGGAGGUAGUUCUGAUGAUAUUAUCACUGACUUUGUGAAUCGUUUGAUGAAUGCAGAUCAGAAUGGAAAGUUGAGCAGCUCCUAGAGUGUCUCAUCUUAUGUUAGUUAAUGCAUGCACAUAUUCAAGCCUCAUUUGGCUUCAUUUCUUAAUCGUUUAUGAAGUUUAUGUUAAUGUUUGAUUGUGACAUCUUUUUGUUAGUGUGUGUUAACCUUGGUCGUCAAUAAUACCUUUCUUUCUAAUUUAUACAU